GUGAUGCCAUGUUGGUAUAUAAACUCGGAGAAAUGCUCUCUCCAUAUCCAUUCAGCUCAGAGCUUUCGAGACUAUCACAUCAUGGCGGCCAAGCUGAUCGUAGCCUUGGGCUGUUUCGCCCUUUGUAAUGCCAAUCCUGUCUACUUAAACGGUUACUUAUUCCGUGAUGGACGCGGCUAUUCAGUCGGCCAAGGCUAUACCAAUAAUGGACAAGCGACAGGCUCAGCAACUAACAAUGGAGGCGUUCUUCAGGCCUACGGAAGCGCAUCUAAUGGCGAUCAAAAUCAAUUAGGAAGAAGCGGUGCUUUCGGCGUACCCUUCCCCGGGGAGGCUGUAGCUAAGGCAGAAGUAUACGAUACACCAGGAGCUUAUGAAACGGCAAAUGCGAUUGCUGAUGUACAAAAUACGCCAACUUUUUACACCGUUCCUGCUCCAGCAACUAUCGUCUCUUACCAGCAAAACUUUGAAACGCCAGCUGAACUAAUAUAUGAAUAUCCUGGUACCGUUGCCCAGUCAUCCGCUAUUGUUAAUGACAACGCCGAGUCAUCUAUCACUUCUGCCAGAGCAGACGGUACGGGUUCAGCCGAGUCUUCCGCUAAGACUCAGGGUGUUGGGAGCUACGGAAUCACAUCGAACGCUCAAACUUACGGAUCUGGUGUAGGAACUGCUUCGUCAAAUAUCAACAAUGGUUACGGAGCUACUAAUACCGCUGCCAGAACACAAGGACAUGGCUCAGCUUCCUCGAACUCGCAAACUGGUCUCGGUUUGACAUCGGCUUCAACCCAAACAAACGGUGGUUACGCAAGUUCAUCGGCCAAUAAUGCUCUGAAUUCCGCUGUUGUAUCAACAAGCUCUCAAGGCAUCGCUUCAUCUAAAGCCGACAUCAACAGCCCCCAAGGUCUACAAGGUGUUGUUGUAAACUCUGCUAGAGCCAUCCCGUACAAUGGAGUCCAUUGGCAUUUUGGAACAGCCUACAAUGCUCCCACUCCUGGGCAAGCUCAAGUUUACAGCCAAGCUAACGGAGGUUCCGCUAAAUCAACCGCUUACACUGACGGCGUCGUGACUACCGCUGAUGCGCAAGGCUAUGGGUCCGCUAAGGCCAACGCUAACUUACACAAUAGUUACGUUAAUUCUGCUGCUAACUCCAAUGGCCUUGGUUACGGUGCUGCACGAUACACAGCCAACAAUGAAUUGGGAUCUGCCCACUCAACCAUCAACAACGGUUUAGGCAACAUUAAGUCUUAUGCCAACUCUAAUGGAUUUGGUAAUGCCAAUUCUCAGGCUGAUAUCAACGAACAAGGCUCUCUUUCAUCGGUUUCGAGCUCGAAUGGCCGUGGAACUGCUGCUUCCAGCGCAAAUUCUGGGCCGAGUUACGCCACAUUUAGGACUGACGGACUUCAAUACGUCUACAGCCCACGCACUACCGUCAAUACUCAGACAUCUGGCCAAGGUUCAGCUUCUGCUAGGACACAAGGAUUGAACUCUGGUUACAGGGUCCUUAAUUCUGUUGCUAACUCAUUUGGGUACGGAAGUGCACAAGCCAAUGCUAGCGCAUAAGUUAGGAUUAUAACAAAAACAAAUGACAUCAAGACGACUUUUGAAUGCUCAUAAUUUGUUAACUUGUCUUGAUGUAUUUGCUGAUUUUAAUUAUUUAUUGAAUUAUUUUAUCUAAUUUAUUUUAACUAUACUUACA